UUAAAGCGCGUCCUCUCCCGGGCUCCGCGGAGGCCGCUGCGCCCGCCACCUGCUGGGAGCCUCGGCAUGAGCGCCUCGUCCCUGGCGGUCCUGCUCCUGCUCUGGGUCUGGCCCGACCCGGGCGCGCGGGCCAAGGAGCUGCGGCUGGUGACCUUGGUGUUCCGACAUGGAGACCGAAGUCCCAUCGAAACCUUUCCUAAUGACCCCAUUAAGGAAUCCUCAUGGCCACAAGGAUUUGGCCAACUCACCCAGCUGGGCAUGGAGCAGCACUACGAGCUUGGAACGCACCUUAGGAAGAGAUACGGAAGAUUCCUGAACGAGUCCUAUAAACGUGAACAGGUUUACGUCCAGAGCACGGAUGUGGACCGAACUUUGAUGAGCGCGAUGACAAACCUCGCGGCCCUGUUUCCCCCGGAGGGCGCCAGCGUCUGGAACCCCAGCCUGCUCUGGCAGCCCGUCCCGGUGCACACCGUCCCUAUUUCUGAAGACCUGCUGCUACAUCAGCCUUUCAUGAACUGCCCUCGCUUUCAAGAACUUAGGAGGGAGACAUUGAAAUCGGAGGAAUUUCAGAAGAGGCUACAUCCUUAUCAGGAUUUCAUAGAAACUUUGCCAAAACUUUCAGGAUUUCAUAGUAAGGAUCUUUUUGGAAUUUGGAGUAAAAUCUACGACCCUUUAUAUUGUGAGGGCAUUCACAAUUUCACUCUGCCUUCCUGGGCGACUGAGGACGCAAUGACUAAAUUGAAAGAACUGUCUGAGUUGUCCCUCCUGUCCCUCUUUGGCGUUCACAAGCAGAAAGAGAAAAGUAGACUCCAGGGGGGUGUCCUGGUCAAAGAAAUCCUCAAUCACAUGAAGAGUGCGACUCAGCCACCAAACCACAGGAGACUGAUCAUGUAUUCUGCACAUGACACCACCGUGAGUGCCCUGCAGAUGGCGCUAGAUGUCUACAACGGGCUCCUGCCCCCCUAUGCUUCCUGCCACGUGGUGGAACUGCACCGACAGGACGGAGAGUACUUUGUGGAGAUGUACUAUCGGAACGAGACCCAGCGGGAGCCUCACCCCCUCACGCUGGCCGGCUGCACCCACAGCUGUCCCCUGGAGAAGUUUGCUGAGCUGGUGUCCCCUGUGAUCCCCGAAGACUGGUCCACAGAGUGUAAGAUCACAAGCGGCCACAAAGCCCUACGACUCACCCUCGCCAUCGCCUUCUGUGUGGUGUCUGCUGCCCUCGUGCUGCUGCUGUCUGCCCUCAUCCGCCAUGGGCCCUGCUGGCAUAGGGAGUCCUAUCGGAGCAUCUGAGCAGACAGGCUGGGCCACCCUCCUGAGCCGGCGUCUCGGUGAGGCAGCAUUUGAAGGGCAGACUUUGGCCGGUAGGCAUGCCUGCCCGCACCCUUCCCUUCGAACCUGCCUGGGGCAGGGUCUGAGCUCACAGCCACCCAAGGACAGCUGCUGGACCGACGGAUGGGAGAACGCCAGGGCUGCCUACUCAGGUUCCUCAUCACCUUGUCACCGAGCAGUGAGGCUCAUGUAGAGGGCGGCUGUUUUCUGACACACGUACCGUGGAGAAAUAGAGUCAGAUUCCUGUCUGCCUUUUGCCUGCAAAGAACAAAGGGUGAGAAGGGGGACGAGGACUGGUGAAGACUGGAUAGUGGGGAGUAGACCAGGAGCGCUAUUAUGAAGGACGAGUCCUACGGAGAGAGACCAGAUCAGAGAUGACAACUGUCUCUUUAGCUAUUAGGUGGGUUUAACACACACGCCUGAGAAGCCCCUGCCCAGUGCUGGAGAGUUAGUAGACUUCUACCUGCGUGUCUACAUACAACACACAGCCUACACGUACUAAAGUUAAAACACUUUGGAAGAGGCACUUAAUUAUCAGAAACUGUAGUAUCAACCCCUUUCGGUAUGGUUUAAGUCAUUUUCCCGCAAUUGCUAUAGUGGGGAAUAACUGGGAAAUCCACUUACCUGUGGUUCUGUGUUACCCCCACUGUCAAAGCUGGAUAUUUAUUCAGUUUUCUUUUUUCUUUUUUCAUUUUAAAAUGGUAAGAUCUGACUUUGGUAAAGGGUAUUCAUGGUCAUGACUAACUGGUGAUGUACUUUAAUUGCCACGGGUAUGUCUGAACUUUACCAGUGUUAAGGCAGGAAGGAAAGGGGCUGAGGGCUGACAACCCGCCGCCUCAGCUCUGCACUGGCUUGACCGAUUCUCUAGUCUAAAAUG